AUGGAUGUGCAGCAGAUAUUAGCUGAGCAUUUUCCUGAUGAUGUCUCCGUCACUGACCUCUGCGAUUGUGGGCAUCAUAAGAGACGACAUCCAAGAAAUCCUAUGCCAGGAAGAAUCAAGAGAGUUCAAUUUCCUGAAACCGAUUACCAGUCAACUUUCAAGGCUGCCAAACAGCCCCGCCCACGUUCUUCAAAGAGACCACCAGCAUCCCCAGGUGGUGUAAAUGAAGUACUAAACAAGCCAAUCAGAAUGGUGUUUGACACAAAUCAGCGAGACGACUUUAAGGAUCCACAAGUCAAAGAACGUACAAUGGCAAUCGUUCCGGACGUAAACUAUGAGGCGUUGGAUGUCCCUAUGGAAGGGCAAACCUCCUAUUCAGCCGAAUUCAUCAAAAAACCACUUCCCAAGGAAUUCCGAGGGAUGGAACCAGCUAGUAAUUAUGUCAGUUCAUCUGCGAGGUUUGAUGACAACACGACUAAUAAGGAUCACUUUAAGAAAUGGGUCCGACAACCAACAAUAACAUUCGGAGAACUACCAAGCUUCACAGGAUCUAUAUUGUUCCCAAACAAUAAAAACAAACAGCGAAACCAGAACAAGAGUGAGACACGAGAGGAAUUUAAAGGAGCAUUUCAGAGGAGGCCGGACGCUGUCCGACUGGAUGAGGCUAACAUUAAAAUGGAAGGUGAACUCUUUAUGGAUACCACACACAAUGAUACGUACAAGAAGAUCGAGGGCCACCAUAGGGCUGAUGCUUACUUUCAAAAGCCGAAAAUUGAUUUAGCGAAAAAGUUAGGGGCUUUUCAAAAACAAACUCAGUCCAUGAGAGAUUUUCCUGGCUACACGAAUGGAAUGCCCACACGUAUGCGUCCUGCAUGUCCUCCACCUUCGACUAUAGAUCUCAGGUUUGAUAACAAGAGAGCGUUUGAUACAGAACAGCGUGCCAUCUACAAAGGCCAUGAUGUGAUCCAGAACCCAAUGGUUAAACCAUGCAAGUUUGAAUCUGAUGAAUACAGUCCCCCAACUGAGAAAUUUUCUACCGAAACGUCACACAAGAAAGAUUUUGUACCUAUCGACAUCCCCAUGAACUUCAUGCGGCGAGCGUCUGCCCCCAGUACAAACUACGUCCAGAGUAGCCAUAAGUUUGAUGGGCAGACCACAAACAAGGAAUUGAUGAAAAACUGGGGACCACAAAAACGGGUCAGGUACGGAGACUUCCAUGAGAAUCUCAAUGUCCAGCCGAUCGCCAAAUUUGGUGGGAUCAGUGUAACCAAGGAUUCUUUCGUUCCAAAGGGCACAGUGGAAACCAAGGACUUCCGUCCUGAACACAAGGCCAUCAAUAGGGAGGGCGAAAUUGACUUUGACACUGUGUACAGAGACACAUUCCAGAAACCUGUUGUUAAACCAUGCCGCGCUCAGAUCUUCCUGGCUAAGCAGGAAAUACUGAGACAACAGCGGGCGAAGGCAAUCGCCUCACAUUAA